AUGCUGAAGGCCAAGAAGAUGUUCCUGAAUCUGAUUGUCAUUCAGGACGGAACCAGCUCUACCGGAAUAAUGGUCUGGGGUGGAGGUCAGUCUCUUCCACAGACUCAAUCACAGUGGAGGUGUCAAAUUGCGCCGGAACUGGUCACCGUUUGUCACCGACUGAUUCUACGGAAUCACGCGAUAGUGGAUAUGGCUGCUGGUAUGUGCUGGAUUUUCCACGAGAGCGCUCUCGGUUACGAGGAGAAAUGGAUGCACUUGAUGGUCUAUACCAAAGAAAGACGCCAUCUUACCAUAGCGAUUCCUCAGUUGACUUUCCACUCAACGGAUUCGAGCGCGGAAAUGCUGCGGCGAUUACUGAUGGCGGCGGAAGAGCACUGUCCACCCGUCAGUACAGCGGAUUAUGACAAGGCUCAACGCGCUUAUCAACGUUGGGCGGACACGCUGAUUAAUCCUGAACAGUGGACUUUUGCUCGGCACUGGCUUAACCUGUACAAUGGAUUUGGGAUAGACGGAUCGGUGAAAUCGUGCAAAGACGUUGACUGGAAGACUUUGGAUAUCUCUUCUUUAAAUAAGCUGGCCGUGCAGUCUCUGGCUGUGUUUUGUAAAACCUGA